AUGCUGGCUUUUCUUGUCCUUGCUGCCCUUGGCGCGGCCACAGUUACUGUCCAUGAUUCCAGUGACUUUGCUGAUCUUACUGCCGAUGCCGCUGAUGAUGCGUUGACGUCGGAUUGGGAUUAUACCCCGACCACAUAUCAAGUCGAUUCCAUCGUGGGGGCUUACCAGUACUCCGACAAGACUGAUACUAUAUCGCAUGAAACGCUUACCGUCACUGCCAGUGAUACCAGUGUCCUUGUUAUCACCGAAGGAUCAGACGUGAAUGUCUCUUACUCGACCAUUGUUAAGCACGGCUACUCCAGUGAUCUCUACCAGUCCAGUUUCUUUGGCCUGAAUGCAGCCGUCAAUGUGGCCAACGAGUCCGUGGCAUACCUUGACCAUGUCAACGUGACAGUGCACAACGGGGCAGCCAAUGUCUAUUCCUACGGAAACAAUACCUACGUUUCCAUUUCUGACUCGAGCUUGUACAGCUCCGGUCCAGUUUCGCACGGCCUGUAUGCAGCCGGCUACGGCACCAUUGUGGGACGAAACUUGGAGCACUACUCGGGAGCUUAUCGAUCCUCUUCUUUUGCCGGGGACAGCCCUCAGGGCUACGUGUAUGUAUACGACUCAGUGGCCCACACGGCGGGUAUCGGGAGUGCCAUCAUCUACGGCCAGGGCACUGUCUACGCUGAGAACAUCGUGGGGUAUGCCGAACAAGCUCCCGUUGCAUUCUUGGAUACCGCCCAGAUUGAUAUCUACGAUUCCGAUCUCACUGCGGGCCUGCUGGCGGGGGCAGUCGUCUUCUCAUCUGGGACUCGGGGAUCUGGCUCGGAGAUCAACUUCACCAACUCUCGUCUGACUGUCCUCCCUGAGGCAGCGGCAGCGCUUUGGUUCGGCAACGUCAUUGCCAGCUCCCACUUGGCAAGUACUGCUAUCAACACUACGUCGGGGAUCUUGGUCAUUGCCAAUUACUCUCAAGUUACACAGGACUUUAGCUACUUCGCGGACUCCACAGCCGCCGCUGAAGCAACUAUCACAGUGUCCGCAUCCGAGCUGGAGGGAGACCUUGUGGCGUACAAUGGCAGCAGUAUUAGCUGGUCGCUGACGGACUACUCUUCGUGGACGGGAACAGCCUACUCGGGCUAUGGCAUCUCAACAUUUGCUGUCUCACUGGAUGCGACAUCCACGUGGAUAUUGACCAACGACACGGUGCUUAACAAUUUCACAGAUUCGGACCGGACGUUGAGCAAUCUGUACAGUGCUGGGUACACAUUGUACUACGAUUCGAGCGCGGCUGCAAACCGAUGGUUGAACGGGACGACCAAGCAGCUGACUGGUGGAGGGUCUGUGACGCCGGCGACGACUGCGCAGCUGACGUGA